AUGACGGACUCAACCCCAGCCCAUACUAAAAAGUUCAACACAGAGUUGACUGAUUACUCUACGCGCCACACGGAGAAUUCAGGUCCAUAUGCCGACGAUCUUGACAUUGAUGCGAUCAUUGUCGGUGCUGGCUUUGCCGGCAUCUUCAUGCUCAAAACCCUUCGUGACCGUGGCUACAAAGUAGUAAUAUAUGAAGCAGGAAACGACCUCGGCGGAACAUGGAGAUGGAACUGCUAUCCCGGUGCCGGCGUGGACUCGGAGGUCCCCGAGUAUGAGUUUUCUUGGCCAGAGGUCUGGAAGACAUGGAACUGGACCACGAAUUAUCCCAACUACAAAGAUUUGCGGGGCUACUUUGAUCAUGUAGACAAGGUGGUUGGCAUCAAGAAGGAUUGUUCUUUCAACACGGUGGUUGUAGGUGCUAAUUUUGAUACAUCUACUGGCAAGUGGAGCGUUCGCACCCAGGAUGGCCGAGUAGCCAAAUCCAAGUUCUUGGUGCUUGGUACUGGGUUUGCUGCAAGACGUUAUAUCCCAGACUGGCCCGGCAUGGACAAGUUCAAAGGAGUCAUCCACCACUCUUCCUUCUGGCCCGACGAAGAAGUAGACGUCAAGAAUAAACGCUGCGCUGUCAUCGGCACAGGCGCCUCCGGAGUCCAGAUCGUGCAAGCCUGGGGCCCAGUCGCCGGCGACGUCAAAGUCUUCCAGCGCACACCCAAUCUAGCAGUGCCCAUGCGCCGCCGAACCCUCACACUCUCAGACCAAGAACACAAAAAAGUUUUGUAUCCAGAGCUCUUCAGAUACCGCGAGACAAGCUUUGCCGGAUUCCACUACGACUGGUACGAGAAAAACACCUUUGACGAUUCGCCCGAGCAACGCGAUGCCCUUUACGAACAGGUCUGGGCCGAUGGCGGAUUUCGGUACUGGGUUGCCCUGUACAAGGACACUUUAAUGAAUGCCGAGGCAAACAGAGCUUCGUAUGAUUUUUGGGCAAAGAAAACCCGUGCGAGGAUUGGGGAUCCUAGAAUAAGAGAUAUUCUGGCGCCGGAGAAGAUGCCGCACUUUUUUGGUGUGAAGCGUCCAUGUCUAGAGUAUAAUUAUUUUGAGCAGUUCAAUAGGCCGAGUGUCGAUGUGGUUGAUGUCAAAACCAACGGGAUCAAAGAGUUUACAGAGACAGGGAUAACAUUGGAGGACGGCAGUCAUCAUGAAUUUGACGUUAUUGCUGUUGCAACGGGCUUUGAUGUCGUUACUGGAGUCAUGACCCAACUUGGCCUAGAAAGCAUCCAAGGCGCAAAACUGCACGACGAAUGGGCCCCCGGAGCAAACACGUAUCUGGGCACAUCAGUCAGCGGCUAUCCCAACAUGUUCCACAUCUACGGUGCCCACGGGCCAACCCUGCUCAGCAACGGGCCAUCCACAGUGGAGAUCCAGGGUCGAUGGAUCGUUGACAUGAUUGACAAGAUGCAGCAGAAUGGUAUCAAAUACGUCAAUCCAAAGCGCGAAGCCGCCGAGCAGUGGAAGAAGCAUAUUCUGGAACUGAACGAUAGGACCUUGUUUCCUACGACUAGUUCUACUUAUAUGGGUGGAAGUAUUCCUGGUAAGGCGUACGAGCCUGUUUGCUACUCUGGUGGGAUUCCGCUGUAUAAAAUGGAAAUUCGAGCGGCGUUGGAUAGUAUGGAAGGGUUUGAGGUAGUUCGUGUUUGA